AUGCCGUUUUUAAUGUAUGAUCCGGUGGCGUAUAUUAGGAGAUCGUUUGAUUUGGGACGAGUAUUCUUAUUUAAGUGGACUGUGAACUGGAGAUUUUUACCUGAAGAGGUGUUUUUGGAUAAGAGAUUCCAUCUGAUGUUGUUGGGUGCGCAUGCUGUGCUGUUGAUGGUGUUUGCUGGUGGGGUGUGGUUU